UUUAAAUCCUCGGCAGCCUAUACUGUCCAUAUUCUGAAUGAUUCCCCUCACAAUAUGGCGCAAAAUUGGUCAGAACCAUCACCUCCUUUUUAUUUUUAUUUUCCACAGAGCAUGCUCAUUGUGCACGAUUACCCCUAGCAACAGUUACCAUGCUGCUGACACUGAGGUUAUCCAGAAUGUUGAAAUUAUUUUUCCUUUGAACUCUGUGUCAUGAGGCCCUUCAGAGAAUGAUUGAUGAUGUCACAGAGUCCAUGACAUCAUUAUAUACAGUACAAUUCUAGUAUAGAACUCAUUCGCAAAUAUUUUUUGUGAGUAGCAGACGUGUCUGUAGUUAGCAAGCUCGAAAUGGAGACGAAGCCAAAGAAGUGGAUGUCCUUUAGGGAAAUAUGCACAAAUCAAUUCCAAAAGAUUUGUCCCACAAGGAAUCCUGAUUAUUUGAAGAGGGACUUUCUCAGUGACCUUCUGUGGCAGGUGAUUGAGAAAGUUGCAGAUGAACCAACCCUGCCCCUCGUCAGAGAAACCUUUGAGAACGCCCAGGGUAAGCUCUUACGCCAAAUCAUGGCGGAAACUGGGAAGUUAGAUCUGGACAUCCUGUCAGGAAUGUCAGAAGAGCUAAGUGAAAGAAUCUUUCAGAGCAUCGCCAGUGAUUCCUUCCACCUCGCAAGCGAAUUGCAUUUGUUUGCAAUCCUUUUCUAUCCAGUGUCAUAUCCAAGGAUAGUACAAGAAUUCAAGCAUCACCUGGAGAAUCCCGUUCCUCAAGAACCCACCAACACAAAGAAAUUUUUACCAUCUGUAAUAACAAAGCUCAAAGACACUUUGUUUGAUGCAGAAAGUUUGUAUGCAGAAGAGAACUGCCUGAGUAACAAUUGUUUGAAGUCCACUUAUCCUAAAGGGAAAAGAUUGGUGGAAAAUGACAGAGAGAUGGGAAUGAGACACGGAGCAGAUGAACGGAGAAAAAUGAUAAAUCUAGUUCUUUGGAAACUGAUUCGUAAGGCUAGUUACAGAUCUACCACAAAUUAUGGACGGAAGGACAUCAUCUCCGUCUAUGAGAGGCUUUCUGGAGUUCUGUGGGAAGAACUGAARGAUCUAGAUUUYAUCAUUUUCCCAGACAUGGACAGAAAAAUUGGCUCAGACAUCUUCCAACUUCUAAGUGGAAACGAGGAUGUGGUAAAAGAUAGGCUUUUCCAUCUCAUGAAAAUGAGCCACCCAAUUGUUGACUACAAGCUCAUAGCUUGCUUCAAAAGAACCAUGACACAUCCCAGAAAAGUUCAUCUCCCAAAAAGCUAUCUGAAAAGUGCUCUGAAAAGCACCUGUAAAGAUGACAAUUCUGUUAUGUUCUGUCAUAAACAAGUUCAUCCAAGCCUGGGAAGCUCAACCAACUGUAAAAGCAAGGACAAAGGUGAAGCCACAGAUGUGGUCCCUUGUGAUCUUCUUUUGAAAGAUCUUGAAUCAGUCAAUCCUGAAAACCAGAACACAACUGAAUCUCCUGUAAGUUACAAUAGAAGCAGAGGCUUUGAGGAUUCCCCAAAGCCUCAAAACGUACGCAUAACAACAGUGGAGUGUGAAAACCAAACACUCAUAGAAAGUGUCAUCUCUGGGACUGUGUGCAGAAUGUAUCCCGACCAUGCUUCGUCAAUGAGCGAGUGUCGUCCGAUUUUCAUACAGGUGCGUCCGUAUAAGCCUGUUUUGGAAGAUCCCGAACAAGAAACCCCCGAAAGUCAACAGAACACAAAACAAGAUGCUUCAAAUGUGAACCUUGGUGAUCCUGCUUCAGAAGACCUUGAAUCAGUCAACUCUGAAGGCCAGGACAUAAAUGAAGACUUUAUGAAGCAGGGAGAUGGGCCGUUAAUUGCACUCAUCGGCAGAUGAUAAAUACUGACGUCUAGCCAGUCACUGUCUGCUUGUUGGCCCUCCGGACAAGACCGGAACGAGCAGCAUUGGGCCACACUUCUCUCUGGCUGGCUGGCUUGAUCUCCUGGAGCGUCGUUUGGGUUAUC